AUGGAAAUUGUCGAUAAAUUUGUUGAAAAACAUGCAUCUGCUAGUUUUAAGAUUUGUACAAACGAUGCUUUAACACAUCAGUUUAAUGAUAUGAUAAAGCAAUGUGAUGAGCAGAAUGCAAAUAGCAAACAUAGAAAGUCAAAUAAGAAAACAAAGAAAGAGAAAUUGGCUAAUAUGUUGUGCAUGCUAAUGAAAAUGAAAGAGAUUGCAGAGCAAAAUGAAUUGCAGUGGUACUCUGAAAAGGCUCAGUUAAGGGGUGAGCUGGAUAGAGUUGAACAGGGAAUCACUGUGGCUAUUGCUAGCGCUGAAAAUGGGUUGUGUGAAGAUCUCAGAGAGGAAGUGGAUAGGCUGGUUCAACAGAAUUGUGAUUUGGAGGAUGAAAUAGAGGAGUAUGAGGAAAGAUGUAGACUUAGAGAUCUGAAAAUUGCAUCUUUAGAAGAGAAAGAAGAAAGGAAUGAUGAUGUUGUAAAAGUGUACAGUUCCCCUGAACAGGAGGAAAAAGAUCGUAAAUGGGGGGAGGAGCAGCCUAUUUGCACUGCAGAUGGGCCACAAUCAACCCCAGAUCAUAGUUCCUCUCUAUUUACUCCUUUGUCAGAUGAAAGCAGACAAAGAAGAGAUAGUUUGCAUAUUCAUGGUAGCAAUCGUAUCCAAUCCACAACACUCUCUAUACAGGAUAAAACAAACCUAUGCCAAAUAUUGGGGAAAUUUGAUACAAGUGCUUCACCCAUUAAUCUUUCCAACAGGCUGGAAGCUGUGGUUACGCAGUAUAAUCUGAACAAUAGGGAUGCAUGUGCCUUAUUUAGGGUAUGGCUCCCAUCUCAGCUGUGUGAGAAGUUACAGCCUCCUGUGGGCACUCACAAAGGAUUAUCUGCAGAACUCAACUCCAACUGGGGAAAUGCAAGUGAUAGGCUGAAAGAAUUGCAGAGAGUAAUGGGGGGAAGAGAUAUUAGAGGUACCAAUGCCCUAGAGAAUGCAAAAUUAAGGAGAGGGGAUGACCCAAUCAUUUUCUGUAGUGAGUAUUUGACCCUAUUUCGUGCUACAUAUAACUGUCCUGACAUGCCUCCUGACGACAGCAGUUUUCUUUAUUCAAUGGCUAAUAAAUGCACAUUUGUUGACUACCCAACAAAGGUUGCCUUAAGGAACGCAAAUUCCUAUCAAGCCUUUCUAAAUAUUUUAAAGGACUGGAUUCAGGAGACUUGUAAUGACAACAAACCUCAGAAGAGAAUAUCAGAGAUAGUUAAGAAUGAAGGCAAAGUAAGAUUUAUGGGGAAGUGCUACAAAUGUGGAAAUACAGGUCAUACUAUGAGAGAAUGCAGAAGUAAUAGGAAAGGCAACAAUGACAGAGCUUUUUUCUUAAGAAAACAGCAGCAAAGGCAAGGAUUAGAUAAUGCAGCAGAUGGAGUAUCUCAGCCUCCUGAAGCUACAUUGUAUGGUCCACUUUUGAAAGAAAUCAGAAGGAUAGGAAAAGCAAUAGCGGAGUUGCCAGAGGAAUUUAAGGCCCCACCACCAACAAAUCCUUAUGUAAAACCAUAG